ACUACCACGGGUACUACCAAUCAGUUGUGAAAUAAUCAGCAGUCUGCCAGGUUCCCUGUGGGAUCGGAAACAUGUUGAAGCUGGACACCAAAGGAGGAAUCAUCUGCUCGGGCUGCCUGUCCAUAGCCUUUGCCAUAACCUAUUUGGCUUUAAUGGACGAUUACUUCUGGAGACAGGGCCUCUACGAACUGGGAAUACACAUUUCGUCUCUGCAGAUAUUGGGCAGCCUAGUUCUCAUAGUGGGAGCUGUAAAGCAAAGGCACAAGUUUUUUGUGCCGUGGAUGAUAACCACAGGAUUCUUUAUGUACUUGAUGGUUUACCUGCUCAUUAUACUGAUAGUCCAGGGAAGAGAGUGGAUAUUCAUACCGGCGAUGGUGGUUCCGUUCACAGUCUAUCUUGGCUGCGCCUUGUACUCGGUGCAAAAGGCUUUCGACAGGAUGCGCAAGGAGGGGCCACCUGCAUAUACCACCUUGUCCGACAAGAAGGAUUUCAUUAAUCACAUAUAGAUAUAUAGAGAUUGUUAUCACUUGCAAUAUGAAAACAAACAUUAUUAAAGGAAGAUUAGAUAGCUUGAAUGUAAAAGCUUAUUAUGAGCUAUUUGAAUCAAACCUAGAUCUAUGUGAUUUCUUAUCAUUUCUUCAGGUAGGAUGCACUGCUACUUUAAAAACUUAACCGCAACUGAAGCGAGGUAAAAGUUCAAAAACGGGCACAACUAAUUUCGAAUCAGAGAUAUCCUAAAGUUUUGGAAUUCACUUUGCGGCCAUACACAUCAUCACUAGCGCAGUCCUCAUCCUCUGUGCCACAAAG